AUGCGGUUGAUUCCCAUCCUUUUGGCAGGCUGCCUGACGGGCGCUCAAGCCCAGGUUGCUCUUCCCACUGCCCUACCGGCGUUGACAAGCAUCUGGUUCCCCGAAGACAUCCCCGGCGGCCCUUUCCCAUCGAAACUUGAAGCAAACGUAUUCAUCGGCAACCCUGGCACCACCACUUGGUCCUUCACCACCGAGACCACCGUCGCGGGCGCAACAACCACCAGUGAUGCUCCAGAGCCGUAUUGGAACAGUCUUGGCCUCAAGUAUGCCAGCGAGGGCAGGGUUCUCACUAUGGAUUAUACUGGAGGUCAUGCGCUUAUGCAUCCCCAGUCUGACUCGACGACAGCCGAAUCUGGUUCGACAACAUGGACGGGAGUCCGGUACGAGACAUUCAUGCGUGUCCAGUGCACCUCGAUAGUCGGCGCACCCUCUGCCCUGUGCGAUGGGUCGUACGGCUCGGUCCUGCGGACUAUAAGCUCCAUCUCGCCCGGAGGGACCACAUUCACCGGCACCACAGUUGGUUUCGGCCUAACCACGCCCGCCAUAACCCAGCGUCUUACAGCCCUGCCGGUUACUGUGACAAAGGGGCCCCUGGCAACUGUCACGUCCACACCCACGCCUACUCAGACGCCAAAAACUACGUCCUCUUCCACAGGUGGUGGCUCGCCGAGGGUCACGCAGCAGGCUGGGGCUUUUGCUGGUGCUGCGGUCCUUGUCGGGGGUGCUUUGAUGCUGUACUGA